UGUUGGAUACUGUAUCUGAAGGUCUAGUGUAUCUGUGUGGACAUCUUCAUGAUCUAGCAUUCUUUAGAAUGCAUACCAUGUAUUCACUGCACGGAGGAGACAAUCUAGAACUAGAAUUGGUUGAUUGGAAAAGUAAUCGAGGUUACCGUUUGCUAGCUGUCGAUCAAGGAUUCAUUUCAUUUACCGAUCUUAGAUUCAAUCAAUGGCCAGUUGUACUUCCAACUAUUCCAAAGAAUUCGGAGUUUCUGCUGGAUUCAAAGGAACUAAGUUUAAAUCCAGAAAUGUUUAAUUCUGUUCGAGUUCUUGUAUUUUCAGACGCUAGAAUUAAAACAGUGUUAACUCAGAUAAACGAAGAAACACCGUCUCAAGCCCAACAGGUUGAAGAUGGUCCCCUUUACUCCUCUAAAUGGAACCCUGAAAACUAUAAGACUGGACUUCAUAGAUUAACAGUGACUGUAACGGAUGCUAGAAAUCGAACUGAAGUUGUCCAACACUCGUUUACACUAGAUAAAACUGAAACUAGGAGGUUCUCCAGGUUUUUCUCCAACCUUGUUCUCAAUUCGUCCUUCUCCACCCUGUUCCAGGUUCUGUUCGUCCUCUCCGCCCUUGGAGCAGUAACCAGCCUACCUCUGGUUCGUCUCAUCUCAAAUCUGUUCAUUCAAAGGAGGUUGCCCUCACUUCUCAGCAAACUUGUCACCUCGUUAAUCAAAUCCUGCCUUUUCAGAAAACUUCUCUAUGUUUCCAGCUCUAGACUAUGCUUCUACUUCUUCACCCUUUACCCAGUAUAUUUAGCAGUUGGACCCUGGGUGGUCGGAAGUAUUAUUGAGAGUGAAUAUGGAGCAAUAUUUGCCUGGGGGGCUCUAGUAGAAGAUAAAUUUGUACCAGCCCAGGUUGGAUUUUUGUAUUAUUUUCUUCAAUUCUUGAUAAUACAUCCUGGAGCAGUACUGGCUUGUGGCCAUAUUAUUGACUCGAGAAACAGGUUGGCAGACUCUCGCUGCUGGUUCGGAUUCCAACAUUGUUCAGUAUUCUCUAUUCUCCUGGUAGCCGGAGCACUUUCUAUUCUCUUCUCCAUCUCAUUCUGGUUACAGUUCGGUCCAUUAGGUUUCUUCGUUGGUCCUCUUUGUACCUGGUCUUAUCCAUUGUACGGGCUAAUGAUAUUCCUCUCCUUUCGUGUAGAGGUUCCUAGUAAAUACUCAGGUCUGUAUUUGACUGACCCUGGUAAGAAGACGGAUGAUAUCUGUCUGGAGGAAGAGGAGGAAGAUGAAGAGGGACAUCUACGCCGGGAUCCUUAGUAUUUAAAAACUGAAGUGACGUAACGUAGAACGCGACUCUUUGAAGUUCAUGUUUCUAUGAAGAACAAGUAAAAUGUGGAUAAUGUUUACUCGUCUGUAGAAAUCUGGUCACAUGUUUUUUGGGGGGAAAAACAAGAUGGCCGUUGUCCGCCAUUUUCCUGCAUCAGUUUAAAAGCGAUCUUAAACCAUUUACCGAAUGUAUUUUAGAUUCCUAAAACAUUUUUAGAUAAAAGUUUAAAAGAUAUCUUUCUCAGUAAUCCUUUUUUAUUUGAAUACUUUUAGUAUUGAUUAGGCGAGCAUACAUAUUUCAGAUGACUCUCCAUUACACUUGAUUCAUUUUAUGAUUGCUAUUGCAUUCCCCAUUUCAGUAUUGUUAAAAAAAAACAUACUUAUUGAUUUAUUUUUUCAUUGUGCGUGCAUUAUAAAAAAAACAAGAGCUGUAUCACUCCAUUUAACAUAAAUUAAACAAGUUUGAUUAUUUUUUCAAGCUUAUCCUGACAUUUGCUUGUUUAUAAAAUAUUAAAUUGUUCUAUUAAACUGUGAUCUUUAGUUAGUAUUAUUAUUUCUUCAUUGAUUUGCCUUAAUUUAAACUCAGUAUUCUAAGUAAAUAAAGAUGUACUUCUC